UGUACAUUGUAUCAAGAAUGAUUUCAUCGUAAUUUUUGGUCAUAAUUCGAAUAGAUUACAGAAUCGCCUUGCCUUCAAAGUUUCAUUUAUAAAGUGGUUUUGUAUAGGUCAACCAAACUUACGUAGCAAGUCCGUACAUGAAGCGAAGCUAAGGGAUAAAAAUUGA